AUGGCUGUUGCGCACGAACGCCCCUUCGGCGCUCUAUCCGCUUUCGACUUCACUUUCGACCUGGGAUCUAGCGCUGGCCCUCGUCCGUCGAACAGAGCUAGCAAUCCUUUCUUCCCGGGUUCUGUCUUCGAGGGCGUCGCUCCCCCAUCAUCGCGUCGUACUAGUCUUCCGCCCCUCGUCAAUCGGAACACCGAACCAGAGUCGUCUUCCAAUGCACCCAGCGUCCGCCCACCCGUCCCGUCAUCUCAAGACGACCUCACUGAGCGCGUCGCACGGCUCGUGAACGAGCACCUCGCCAGCGCGCUCUCCGCGCUCGCCGAAGACCGCAACAGCCUCGAGCGCGGACUCGUCAAUCAUUUCGGCACGCGCAUUGAGAUGCUUCGCGCGUCGGCGGCCGAGAACUGUGAUAAGAAGAGACGAGACGCGGAGUCGGGUGUGCAGCAGCGGUUCAAGGUCAACGAGAAUCGCAUCGAGAGUUUGAGUAACGAUCUUCGGGAGGUGAAUAACGCGCGCGGUGGGCUCUACCUGAAGACACAGGCCGAAGGCUUACAACAGAGGCUCCGUAGUGAGAUUAACAAAGAGACUCAGCGCGCCAAAGACGACGCCGCGUCCAUCCGAUCCACCGUCGCCGAGGCGCUCACUCGUCUAUCAAAGAUGGAGAAAGCGCACGCCGAGCUCAAAACCCAGCAUACCCAGCUCGAACACCAACAUGCUGGACUCAUUACACAACUCUGCGCCACGACCGCUAACCACAAUUCUGCCAUCAAAAGCCUCAAAGCCGAUCUCGACUGCGCGCAAAAGGAAGUCAAGGCUCUACGCAGCACUGCACUGCUUCACGAGAACAUGCUGAUGGGUACAAAGGCUAGCAUCACGGAGAGCACGAAGAGCGCGGAUGCGGCGAUGAGAAAGGCGAAGGGGUUGGAGGUGCAUGUCCAGCGCUGGCUCGAUGAGGAGACGCGUAAAUGGCUCGACGAGGAGGCGCGGAAAGCGCGGGAGGCCGAAGAAAAGAGGAAGAGGGAGGAGGAGCAGAGGCGGGUGGAAGAACAGAGGAAAAAGGCUGAGGCCGAGGCUCUGCGCAAGGCCCAAGCUGAAGCCGAAGAACGACGACGCAAGGCUGAAGCCGAAGCUGCGCGGUUGAGGGAGCAGGCUAAGAAGGCCGAAGACGAGGCGCGGAAGCGUGCGCAGGAGCAGUCUCAGCGAGAAGCGAAUGCCGAGAGAGAACGGAGGAAGGAGGAGCAGGCGCGUCGCGAGAAAGAGAAGCAGGAGUGGGCCAAGCGCGAGAAGGAGAGGCAGGAGAGGAAGAGGGGCGAGCACGAUAUACUCGCCCGGUGGGCGCUGUACGAGGCGCCUCUACUCGAUGUGUUGACCUUCAGCACCAUCAUAUGGCCUGUACUGGUUCAGCCCGUUGACCUGUCUGAUCUCACCUUGGCGGCCAUACGCGACUUCCUCUUUUCGAAGGCACACUCCAAGGACAAGGACAACAAGCAACGAUUACGAGACGCGUUCAAGAGAUGGCACUCGGACAAGUGCUCUACUGUCAAGUCGCGCGUUGCGGACGAGGAGAAGCCGCUCAUAGAAGAGGCUUUCCAUACCAUUUCUGUUCAUCUGAAUGACUUGAAUGCACAAUUCGCGAAGACUGAGAGUGCCACCAAUAGAUAG